AUGGCGUCACUUGUAACCCAUCUGUGUGCCACUCUUUUCCUUCUCCCUGUAGGUCUACGCCGUCACUAUAGCUCCUCUUCUCUUUACCUCAAGAGCCCAUCUCUUUUUAGAUCCAAGACAUGGUACCUCUCUGAUCCCAAAUGGAAAAAUCUUGAUUUGUACAUCCUCACUGUAGCCCUCCCUAUUGCUUCUUUUUCCCUGAUCUUUCUUUUCUUUUCUAUUACUACGGGUCAUACAACUUACCGUUUCUCUUUCUUGCAUCAAUCCUUACUUCUUUUUCUCUACUGGGUUCUGGCAAUUUUGUUUGCUUUACGAGAUAGCAUUGACCCUGUAGUAAUUUUUGAUAAUUUCUUGUUUGUGUUUGGUGGGAUUUUGUUUUUUGUGGAGUAUUAUUUUAUUGGUGAGGGCACUUCUGGUCUUGUUGGUGAGGUUGUUUAUGGUUUAUGUGGUGAUUUGAGUCUUGUUUGUGGGUUUUGUUGUUUGUAUUUGGCUAUUAGGCCUGGUGCAUUUUUUGCCGAGUUUUGUUUGUGUUGUGGAUUGGUUUUGAAAGGGACUUGGUUUUUGCAAGCUGGGUUGUGUUUGUAUACUGAUUUUUUUGGUUUUAAAGGGUGUCAUAAGAUUGAGGUUCUGCCUGAGAGUGGAAAUGUUGAGUUAAAGUGUGAUCUUGAGGAGGAUGGAUUGAGGGGUGUGGCACUGGUGAAUCUGUUGUUUGUUGGACAUGCAAUUGUGGUCUUUCUUGUGAGUGUGGGAUUCUUUGGAUUGUUGUCGAGAAAUACGAAUUUGAGGCAUGGUGAAGCAAGCGGUCCUUUGCUGGCAGGGCUUGACUCUGAGAUUGCUUUGAUGCGAGCGCUUCCUGAAUUUGAGGUGGAAUGA